AUGGCGACCUCUGCAUAUCAUCUGAGGACUGACUACUUGAUCGAAGCCUUUGGAAUUGACAAUCCACGUCCGGAAUUCUCUUGGAGAUUGGAGGCCAGCGACCCCUCAGACAAACAUGCUGUAGUGUUCCAAAAUGCCUACCGUUUACAGGUUGCAACCCUCGACACUUUCAAGCCCACGAGUAUUGUCUGGGACAGUGAUAUCGUGCGUUCGCAGGAUCAAUCUGGUAUCGUAUACGCUGGGGGCUUGCUGCAGUCUAUCACAAAAUACUACUGGCGGGUGCAGUUAUUUGACAUGCAUGAUAUGUGUGUAGGGUGGAGUAGAGUUGCUACUUUCGAAACGGGAAUCAUGGAUGCAAGGUUGUGGAAAGCCAACUGGAUUACUGGGCCUAUCGAGGACACAGAGCAUGCAAUGUAUUUCCGAGGUUGCUUGACAAUCCCUGCUGGUGUGCUCAAGGGCAGAGCAUUUGUUUCUGCUCUGGGUUGGUAUAGAUUUUUCGUUAAUGGCACCGACCUGACUGGAAACUGCUGUGUGCCGCGCUGGACCCCUCUCACUUCUGCUGUCGAGUAUCAGGAUUACGACAUCACGCAACAUCUCAGGCCUGGGUUGAACCACUUCAGCGUUGUGGUUGGUGACGGACGUUGGAGAGGCAGUCUAGGGCUCAGGGAUACGAGAGCAAAACAUCACGACCCUGUUGCUGCAUUUGUACAGGUCAACAUCAACUUCAAAGAUGGCAAUCGGAUAGCCUACGGCAGUAGCGAAGAGUGGCUUGCCGGCACGGGAGCAAUCAUUCGCUCUGACCCAAAGCUAGGCGAGGAGCACGAUCUUCGAAUCGGCAGUGACGAGUGGCUGGGCACAGUCGCGCCUACCCCACCAGGAGUUCAGGGCUCUCGUUGGACACGAGCUUGUUUAUUACAUACCCAACAUUGGCGCAAACUCAUCGCCGAGGAAACACCACGCACAAAAGAGAUUGCAAGAAUUCGACCAAAAGGCAUCCUUCGCUCACCUUCUGGCAAGCAAAUCUUCGACUUUGGAGAAAAUAUUGCUGGCUAUGUGGUUGCAAAACUCAAAGGAAAGAGCGGCACCAAAGUAACGAUCACAUACUCAGAGUCUGUUCGUCCGGACGGAGAAUUGGAUCUGGACUACACGUUACCUAUCGACGGAAGAGCCCAACAGGAUAUAUGUAUUCUGGGUGGAAAGGAGACUGUAUUUCAGCCCUGGUUUACCCGCCACGGGUUCCGUUAUGCGGAGAUCGAUGGCUCCGAUGAUGUAAGCUUCAGCGACAUCAAGGCCUUGGUCGUGUCUACCGAUCUGACCGAGACUGGCAUGUUCACAUGUUCGGAUUGGCGUCUGGAGAGAUGGCGAGCAAACGCUUUACGCUCCAUGCGAGGCAACUUUGCAGACAUCAUCACUGAUUGUCCGACUAGAGAACGUCUUUGUUGGAUGGGUGAUCUGCAGGCCAUCUCUCCUACAUCGACCAUGUUUUUGGACACGCAGACGUAUCUCAGAAGAAUGAUGAGAAACAUCGCCAUCGAGCAGCUGCCGGAUGGCACAGUACCACCUUUCUUGCCUGGCGAGUGUGCUCAAGUCUACAAGGGCCUCUGGUGGCCGAUGUCGCUGAUCACAACUUCUGUUGGCUGGGGCGAUGCAUGUGUGUUGGUACCUUGGACAAUCUACCUAUACUACGGCGACAAAGCAGUCUUGAAACGCCAGUACGGAAGCAUGAAGAAAAAGAUGGAACAGAUGGUGAGAGAUGCCCGCAAUGGCAGAGGUGGCUAUGGCAAAUACUACAAAGGUGAACGCAACGAACACGAACCCUACAUCCUCGACAGCGAUAAGAUGUGGGGUGAAUGGUUGGAGCCGGGUAGUGGCAUGUGGGGACUGUUCAAAUCUCUCAUGAUUCCCAGUCCCAACACCGCAACAGCAUACUUCGCACACAACGCCUCCAUUCUAGCAAAAGCUGCUGAAGCUUUGGGAUACACUCAAGACGCGGAGCACUACAGACAGCUCUCUGAACGCGUUCGUGAAGCCUGGCAUGCCGCUUUUGUGUACUCUGACAACCGCAUCGGCGACGACAAACAGGACGAUUACGUGCGGGCGCUGGCCUUCAACUUGAUACCGGAAUCGUCUCGCCACGGCACAAUGGCUCGCCUCGUCGAGAUCAUAGAAGAUAGCGACUAUCACUUCGGGACCACUCUCCUCAACACGGCCAUGUUACUCGGAGUCCUCAGCGAACACGGUAGAGCAGACGUCGCUUACAAGCUGGUCCUCAACAACCAACCACGCACCUUUCUGAACCAGAUUGAAGCGGGUGCAACCACAAUUUGGGAGACCUGGACUGGGUAUGAUGAGACUGGAAAAGCUAAAGGAUCGCACAAUCACGUUGCUUCUGGAGCAUGUACGCGAUGGCUGCAAGAAGGCAUUAUAGGCAUCUCACCACUUGAGCCAGGAUAUCGAAAGAUCAGGGUCCGCCCACUGGUGGGUGGUGGACUGGAGCAUGCAGCAGGAAGUAUCGACACACCAUUUGGAACGUGCAAAUCUUCUUGGAGAGUUCUUGCAGCAACAGGCAUGAUACAACUCGGCGUGACUAUUCCCGCAGGCGCAUCAGGAGAGAUUCAUCUGGGCAAUGGAGAAAUCCACGAUGUACCCGCCGGCACCCAUUUCUUCGAAUGGCAGGGCUCCAACACAAUCCCGACUCCUGGAUCCCCAGCUCCUUCAUUCACGUCUGUUGCAACUGUGGUCCCGGACAGAGUCAAUGCGGCCAGUCCUCCCCAAAGUCCUGGUGGUACACUGAUGAUGCCUUCACCGUUCAAUCCUGCAACGCCAAAGAUGGCGACUAGUGGAGGAAGAUUGCUUCCGCCUUCUGUCAUACCGCAAGGCAUUUCGAAGCAACGCAUCGAUAGUGUAAACUCUAUGGCUGGUGUCGCCAAACCUACGAGCAAAAGUUUCGCGCUGCCUCAGAACGGAGGUGUCAUCUCUUGGCCACCAAGGGCCGCUACCUAG